UGCAGAAGUCCUGGCUGUUGAGCGCGUGAGCUGAGAGGCUGGUUCCGUGUGUUAGUGUGUAUCUGCAGGUUUAAGUGUGCGUCGAUCGGCAUGAAGACAGUUCCUGAUCAGUGUAUUGAUUAGUUUUCAAUAAGGAGACCAGUUCACGGUGCCAAGUAUGUGACUUAGUGACAUCUUCCCUGUGUUGGCCUCUCACCAAGUCUGUCAGCAGAAAGAGCAGCUUUGCAGUUGUCAGCCUGUGCAGGGAAAAGUCCUUCCAAUGUCUUUAGUGGAAGAUAUUCUGGAUGUGCUGCGCAUCGUGCUGGAUUACUUUGGCGUGGAUCCAGAGAUGCUGGUCCCGGUGUGGGACAGUCAGCAGUGCGGUCAGUAUCGCAGCAUUGUGCGGAUGAUUGGGACAAAUCUCCCCCUGACACCAUCACCACGUGUUCACUUUCAGGUCCCUUUGCUCACCUAUAAGCCCCAUGGAUAUGUCGACGUCACCGUGGAAACGCCGGCCAUCCCCUCAUUUGCUGACGUCAUGUGGGUGUUUGAGGAUGAGGGGGACAGUUUUGCCAAGACCAGGAACCAUUUACCUCCGAAGAAGCGAAGUACUGUAAAUCGAGAUGUGGUGAGAUACCCGGGACCGGGCACGAAGCAAACCCAGAGAGGAGGCAGAGGUGUGAGACAGAGCGCUGAUCCAGACGCCCUGAAGAAGAUCACAGCCCUGGAGAGUGAGCUGCUACAACUACGGGCUCAGAUAGCCAUGAUUGUCACCGCUGCUCCAGCCUCAGGUCUGAACAAGCUCCAGACUGCCCCAGGAACACCUCUGAUGUCUCCUCAUCCACCUCUUACCUCCACACCUCGCACUGCUGCUCCUCCACCGCCUCCUCCUCCUCCUCCUCUACCUCCCUGCACUAGUGCCUCCACUGACACUUUGUCUGUGACAGAGCUGAUCCGCCAACGAAGGAAAAACGAGAAAGACCCCGGCGGGGGGGCAGAAGUUAAAGGGAUCCCCUCAAUGCUGGAUGUUCUCAAGGACUUAAAUCAAGUGACACUGCGCUCGGUGGAGAGGUCACCGGGGGGCACACCAGUCAGGAGGAGACGCAGUAAGGGAGGGGGAGCACUGCUCAAUGACCCAGCAGCUCUUAUCGCAGAAGCACUAAAGAGAAAGUUCUCCCAGUAUCGCCAUAACAACUCGUCCGACAAAGAGAAUUCCCUUGAACUCUCGCCUUUCGGCAGCCCGGAAACACCUAAGGUCCCUCACCACACCAGACGCAGUCAGGGACGACGCCACCUGCUGUCCCGUUAAAUGAUCACCUCUAAACCCAAAAGAUUAAAUGCAAGAGAGCUCAUCAGCCAAUCACAGCUGCCACAGAUAUUUCAUUUUGUUUGUGUGUCAGUUUUUCUUCUUGUAAGAGUGUUUGUUUCACAAUGGACAAAACGCUUGACGCUGGCGUGUUUGUCUUUGUUGGGAGGUUUGAAUGUAUAUUUUUGUUUAGGUUGAUGCUGUAAGCAAGGGUAAAAGUGUUGUUUUGUUUUUUUUGUGAAUUGCAUUCCUGAGUUUCCAGUGUUUUUUAUAGUGGUAUGUUUGUGUGCAGAGCUUCUUUUUAAAGGAGAUUUAAAUUUAUUUAAAGGAGGCAUCCUAUGCUCCUAAGUUGAGUUGUUACUUGAAAAGGUUUACGUGCUCUAAUGUUCAGAAAACAUCACUUUUUUCAUACUGUCCAUCGCUGCUGCUCCUCCUCUUUUCAGCCUCUGUCUGAAACACUCGCUUUUAGCUCCUGUCUCUUUAAAACACCCUUCCCAGUAAGCCCAGUCUGAUUGGCCUGCUGGCCCACUGUCCUGUGAUUGGUCAAUAGUUUCCAUAGUGUGUCGAAUGACCCUCACGUGACCUGGUUAUGUUAGGGGGCAGAGACCUGAAAAAGCAGAACACCCUUAAACAGGUAUGCAAUGUAGCUUGUAGCCACCAGCCCUCGUGUCUCUAAAAUCACUUUAUGAGGCUUUAAUCUCAACCAAGUGAAAUAAAAAACAUUGUGUUUUGGGAUUCAUGUAGCUUUAAUCUAUGCAACUGCAAUUUCAGGUUUUUUAUUUUGUGAAAAUGUUUAAAUACACUGAUGUUUUUUGACGAACACCUGCUUUGUUUCCAAAUCCUUUUUAAUGUUAGAAUUUUUGUGUCUGAACUGAGGUUCAAACUGCUGGAGUGCAGAACAUUGUAAAAAUGUCGACGUAAUUUGACAUUGUUGCGUUCGGUGACGUUUUUAAGCAUAUGUGAGCUUGGUGUUGGCCAGGCACGAUAAAAAGAGGAAGAGAAAUUCUUUUUAAAUUAAUAUCAGACGCUGUUGCUAGAGUACACAAGCCUGUCUCUGCCGAGAAAUCACACAGGGACAUUAACAACCUAAUGAUGUACAUCAGUGUUUAAAACCAGAAUAAAUCACAACAGGGAUUAAUUAUCAUGUACGUUUUUUAUUCACAGAUGAUGUUGAUGUCUGAUUACAUUUUGCUUAAAAAUAAUAAAAUAUGUUGAAAUAGU